CGCGCCUACAACAUCCACCAUCGACUUCUUCUCUUCCACCACCUCCACCUCCACCACUACACCCUCCCUCACCACCGCCAUCAUGUCCGAAAAAGAACGGCAAUCCGGCGAACAAGUCGACCGCGAAGAUGCCCCCGUCCUCCCCACCGUCAACCCCUCCGCCGAGAAAUCCAGCGAACCCUCCUCCUCCUCCGGCGGCCUCCAUCCCGCCGUCUACAUCGCGACCUGGAUCUCGCUCUCCUCCAGCGUCAUCAUCUUCAACAAAUGGAUCCUCGACACGGCCGGUUUCCGCUUCCCCAUCGUACUCACGACCUGGCAUCUCGCCUUCGCGACGCUGAUGACCCAACUUCUCGCGCGCUUCACCACCGUCCUGGAUUCGAGGAAGAAAGUGCCCAUGACGGGAAAGAUAUACCUGCGAGCGAUCGUGCCGAUUGGUUUGAUGUUCUCGCUGUCGCUCAUUUGCGGCAACUUGACAUAUCUCUACCUCUCCGUGUCAUUUAUCCAAAUGCUCAAGGCCACCACCCCCGUCGCCGUCCUCAUCGCCUCCUGGGUCUUCGGCGUCGCGCCCGUCAACCUCAAAACCCUCGGCAACGUCUCCUUCAUCGUCAUCGGCGUGAUGAUCGCCUCCUACGGCGAAAUCAACUUUGUCCUCAUCGGCUUCCUCUUCCAAAUCGGCGGCAUCGUCUUCGAAGCCACCCGUCUCGUCAUGGUGCAGCGCCUCCUCUCCUCGGCGGAAUUCAAAAUGGACCCCCUCGUCUCUCUGUACUACUUCGCUCCCGCCUGCGCCAUCAUGAACGGAAUCGUCUCCCUGCUCGUUGAGAUUCCCAAAAUGACACUCGCGGAUGUCGAGAAGGUCGGGUACUUUACCUUCCUCGUCAACGCGAUGAUUGCGUUUUUGCUCAACGUGUCGGUUGUAUUCCUCAUCGGCAAAACCUCCUCCCUCGUCAUGACCCUCUCGGGAGUCCUGAAAGACAUCCUCCUCGUCCUGGCAUCCAUGCUCAUCUUCCGCGACCCCGUCGCCCCCCUCCAAUUCUUCGGCUACAGCAUCGCCCUCGGCGGCCUGGUCUACUACAAACUCGGCGGAGAAAAGCUCCGCGAACACAUGGGCGGUCUGCAACGUUCGUGGGCGGAAUACGGCGUGCAACACCCCGCCGCGAGGAAAAUCAUCGUUUUCAUCGGGGUGAUGGUCACGUUGGGCUUGUUACUCGGUGGAGUGAGUAGUUCGGGCGCGUUGGGAGAUGCGUACUCGGCUGGAGCGAUUGCGAGUCAUGCGGGGGAGAAGUUGGGGAGUUGGACGGGGAAGGGAGGGGCGGUGGGGGAGCAGGGAGGGUUCGAGGAAAACGAUGGCUUGGACGCAAUAGUCAUCAUCGCAAAACGGGAGCGGCUGCUAUCAAUCGAUCGAUGAG